AAACACAGCCCCUUUUCCUGGAGGAGGAGUUUUCUCCUCUCCUUUUCUUUCAGUGUUUGUGUCUCUUAGGCAGACCCAGUUAUGCUGAAGGAAGGCUGGCUGUGGGGGCUGGGUUCAGGGUUGCUGCUGCUCUGGUUGGGUGCCUGGCUGAGGCCUGCGCAGGGAGGCCGGGUGCUGGUCAUGCCUGUUGAAGGCAGCCACUGGCUCAGCAUGAAGGUUUUGGCAACAGAACUGGCCCAGAGAGGCCAUAACCUCCUGGUUCUGGUGCCUGAGAACAACAUCUUAAUCCAGAGUUCAGAGCUCUUCCGCACUGAGACCUUCCCAGUGAAUAUCUCCAAGGAGGAGCUGUCCACCAGCUUGAAAGGAUUUCAGGAAGGGGCAUUCAAGCGUAGCCCUGCACUGAUGGACAUCAUCAUCCAAUUGGAGCGUCUGAUGAACUACACAGGAACGCAGGUGCAAGGAUGCAAGUCGCUGCUUUACAACAAACCUUUGAUGCAGAAGCUAAAGGAGGAGAACUUUGACUUGGUGCUCACAGACCCCUUCCUGCCGUGUGGACCUAUUAUUGCUACCGCGCUUGGUCUGCCUGCGGUCUACUUCCUUCGUAUCAUGCCUUGUGGCCUUGACAUAUUGGCUUCACAGUGUCCUUCUCCUCCAUCUUACGUACCUCGGUUUCAGUCUGGUAGCACUGACAAAAUGACCUUUGUAGAGCGCAUUCAAAAUUUCGUCAUGAGUGGCGUAGAGCUGGCACUGUGCCGAAUAAUGUAUGCCAGUUUUGAUGAACUUGCUUCAAGAUACCUAAAUGUGGAUGUGACAUACCAGGAGAUCAUCGGCCGCGGAGCUUUCUGGUUGUUUAGAUAUGAUUUCACGUUUGAAUACCCCAGGCCUAUCAUGCCAAAUAUGGUCUUCAUUGGAGGCAUCAACUGUCAUAAGGGUGGCAGACUUUCUGCAGAGGUGGAGGAGUUCGUCAAGGGUUCUGGAGAGCAUGGUAUUGUGGUGUUCAGUCUGGGUUCUCUUGUCUCCUCCAUGCCAAAGGAGAAAGCUGCCAUCUUCUUCGAGGCUUUCAGUAUGAUUCCACAGAGGGUUCUUUGGCGGUAUACAGGUGAGAUUCCAGAUCAUGUCCCAGAAAAUGUCAAGGUGAUGAAGUGGCUUCCACAGAAUGACUUGCUCGGUCACUCCAAAGCAAAAGCCUUUAUCACUCAUGGUGGAACGCAUGGAAUCUAUGAGGGCAUCUGUCAUGGAGUUCCCAUGGUGAUGCUUCCCCUGUUUGGUGACCAGGGUGACAAUGUGCACCGCAUGGCAUCUCGAGGGGUGGGAGUGGUGCUCAACAUCCAUGACAUCACUGCAGAAACACUGGUCGAUGCUCUCAACACAGUUAUUAACAACGGCAGCUAUAAACAACGAAUGGAGAAGCUGUCGGCCAUACACAACGACCGUCCCAUGCAGCCCCUAGACCUUGCAGUCUACUGGACCGAGUUUGUUAUGAGACACAAGGGCGCAGAACACCUGAGACCUGCUGCUCAUGAGCUGAACUGGCUCCAGUACCACAGUCUAGACGUGAUCGGCUUCCUGCUUUUUAUUGUGCUGAUUGUAACUCUAGCAACAUUUAAAUGCUGUGCACUUUGCUGGAGACGCUGUUGUAGAAAAUCGCUGAAGAGGAAGGAAGACUGAUCGUAUAAAGAUUAAAAAGUGAUAUUGCUUAAAAAAACAUA